AAGGAAAGAGCGUAAUUCUUCUUGAAGAAAACAGGGACACGAAUCAAAUUCCUUGGAACCAAUGCCCAAUUGUGAGGGAAAGCUUACCAAUCUCUCGGUGCUUGCAGGUUGCCAAAGAAUAUUGUGAGCAAUUGGGUGUUGAACCUUGUAUAAAACUUUUUGAGCAAUUCAAAUCAUAUGAAGGAUUGUACUUCUUCUUGGGGUCUUAUCUGAGCUCAAGUGAGGACCCUGACAUCCAUUUUAAGUAUAUUGAAGCAGCUGCAAAGACAGGGCAGAUCAAGGAGGUUGAGCGUGUUACAAGGGAAUCAAAUUUCUAUGACCUAGAGAAGACUAAAAAUUUCUUGAUGGAAGCCAAGCUUCCGGAUGCUAGACCCCUAAUAAAUGUGUGCGAUCGAUUUGGUUUUGUUCCAGAUUUGACACACUACCUGUAUACAAACAACAUGCUCCGGUAUAUUGAAGGAUAUGUGCAGAAGGUCAAUCCUGGAAAUGCUCCACUAGUUGUGGGGCAGCUGCUAGACGAUGAAUGUCCCGAAGAUUUUAUUAAAGGCUUGAUUCUCUCUGUCCGUUCGCUUCUUCCUGUUGAGCCUCUCGUGGACGAGUGUGAGAAAAGGAACCGGCUUCGGUUACUUACCCAAUUUUUGGAGCAUCUUGUGAGCGAAGGAAGCCAGGAUGUGUAUGUGCACAAUGCACUUGGAAAGAUCAUUAUAGACAGUAAUAAUAACCCUGAGCACUUUCUCACUACCAACCCAUAUUAUGAUUCACGUGUCGUGGGCAAAUACUGUGAGAAGCGUGAUCCUACCCUUGCUGUUGUUGCCUAUCGGAGAGGGCAGUGUGAUGAUGAACUCAUCAAUGUAACAAAUAAGAACUCCCUGUUUAAGUUGCAGGCCAGGCUCCAGGAAUGGUUUCAAUGAUGAGGGAACUCCAAAAUCCGCUGCUAGGAAGUCACCAUCUUGGAAUUGAUGAUACCAAAAAUAUUGCAAGAGUGGUACAACACAUGCUUAUAGAUGGUGCUCUUUUGCAAAUUACUGCAAGGAGAUUACGUGGUUCUCUUGAAAAAGUUGAGUUUCUAUUUGAAAAUGGUGGGAGUAUAUUGGCGUCACUUGGUUCCUUUCAGCAAAUGUGGUUUUCAAAAUCUAAGCUUUUACAUCCACUCUACCUUUCAAUAUUCAACUUUUCUCCUUUUUUUUCUCCCCAUUUUCAGUCUAUUUUAUCUCUCGAUUAACAGGUUUGAGGAACAUGGAGCUUCUAAUGUUCAAAGAAAAUGCCCGUAAAGUACAUUACUGGUGCAGACAAUUAUCACAUUAGACAGAAAUUCAUGGAGCUGACUUCACUUUGAUUAGUUCGCUGACGGUAUGGGUUGCUCGGUUUUAAUAUCCUGCUUUAUAGGCGCCCAAACAAUGUACUAUAUAUAUUGUACCUCUCGCGAAUCGUUGCUAAUGUUGUACAAUUACGUUAGCUGACUUUUAGUUCAACAAAUUAUACUUGUUAGGGAAUCUUUCAAGUUUGUACUUGUUACUGACUUUUAGUUUAACAAAUUAUAUUUGAGCAUUGACUUUUGCUUUUAGAU